UGGGGGGGGGAGUGAUGGGACCCUCCGUGUAACAGCGCGGCGCACCGGGGCAUGGCGGUGGCUAUGGGGCUGAUCCUGGGGGUCGUGGCACCUCCAUAACCCCGCUCCUUUUGCACCCCCCCGCAGCCAUGGACACCGAUAACCAUUUUGGCUUUGCGGGUCUUCCCCCCGCACCCACUGCCUCAGGACUGAAACCCACCGCGCCUUCCUCAGGGGACAGCCCGUACAGCAACGGGGCCGCGCUCAGCUUCCCCCCCCAGGGGAAAAGUCUGAACGGGGGCAUGAAUGUCAACGGCUUCUCUACUGUAUCUCACACCACUACUUCAGGGACCUUCACCUCCAGCACGCAUUCCUCGGGGCCCCCCCACCUCCACCCCUACGACUGCCUCUGGGACUACACGCAGUUCCAGCCCCCCGGCGGCCUCAAGGACGGCAGCCUCGCUCAGUUCCCCCUCAACGGCGUCUCUGGGGGUUCCCAGGCCCUCCUCCCCCGGGCACAGCGCGAACCUUCGGGGCGCGGGGACGGAGCUGUGGGGCAACGGCACGUCUGGGCCCAUGGGGCUGAACUUUGACUCUCAGGAGCUGUAUGAUUCCUUCCCCGAGCAGAGCUUCGAGCU